UUUUUAUGCACGGUGGAGGUCCAACGAGCAAUUCCCAUUCUAGCAAAAGCAUAUGGUGACAGCAUGCACAAAAUUCUGCAUGUUGGCCUUGAUACUUGUUCAGUGGUUUCUAAAUUGCUAAAGGAGAAAGAAACUGAAGCCUCGGGUGUGGAACCAUAUGACAUAGAGGAUGCUGAUAGAAACUGCAAAGCUCUUGUGAAGAAAGGCAUUGUGCCUGUUGCCGACAUCAAGUUUCCACUUCCAUACAGGCCAAAAUCAUUUUCUCUUGUAAUUGUUUCAGAUGCAUUGGAAUAUUUGUCUCCUAGGUACCUUAAAAAGACCCUCCCAGAUCUGGCAAGGGUAUCUAUUGAUGGGCUUGUGAUCUUUACAGGCUCUCCUGGUCAUCGGAAAGCUAAAGUUUCAGAAUCCAAAUAUGGAAGGGUGGCUAAGAUGAGGAGUUCAUCCUGGUGGGUCAAGUAUUUUGUUCAGACUAGCUUGGAGGAGAAUGAAGCUACUAUCAAGAAGUUUGAGCAUGCAGCGACAAAGAUGUCAUAUGUCUCAAAAUGCCAAAUUUUUUACCUUAUGCCAUUCCAUUAACAUUUUGAAUUUUUUUUUAAAUUUUUUUUAUCAGUCUUGAAGCACUUGGAGGUGCUAGUUUUGAUAAUUCAUCUUAGACAAUUUUUUCUGUAGGAGACUAUCAAUCUUUCCCCUCAGUUGUAUUGUUCACAAGAAUAUGAAUUGUAUUAUUUUAUUUAAGUUAUUAUUUUGAAGUUAAAGCAAGAAUGAGUGUGGUAUGUGUUCAGAAGGGUCUUAUAUUGUUAUCUGAGUACGCUGAUUGUUAUAUAAACA